AUGCUAUCAACUACUAAAUUUAUCAGUUUUAUCAAAUUAAAGUGAUUAUUACAUAUAACAUAAAGGUUUUGAAACAGUAAACAAACCAUUUCUAAUAAAUAGUAAAUCAAAUGAUACUAACUAUUGAGUUAAUCUCUUAGAAUAAAACAAGCUCAAGGAAGAAUACAUAAAAUCUAACACAAUGAUAAUCUAAGAUUUUAUAUUCUAAUAGCUUAUGGUAGAAGAAUUAAAUUAAAAAUAUACAAACUAUUUAUGAUAUUCGAUUAAUAUACAUAUUGUAUGGGAGUACUUUAAAACUCAGUCAAUAUAAGGAAAAAGAAAAUCAAUAAUGGUAGAUAUAAAUUUAUCAAUUAAAGAAUCGAUUGUAUGCCAGAUAAUUUUGGGAACUUUACAUGAUUAUGAUAUUAAAAGUUAUUAUUUUCUGUCUUAUUUCAUUAGAAGUAAGUUCAAAUAGUUAUUAAUAAUAUUUUUACAAUAAAAUAAUAAUUGUAUCAAAAAAUUUAAAAAAACAUAUAUAUAUUUAAAAUUAUGA